AUCGGCGGCGCCGCGUCGGACAGCGAACGCGGCGAGCGGGGGCUCGGGGCCGGGUGGGAAGAACGAGCGGGAGCAGCGGCGACGCGCCGGGGUCGGGGCGCCAUGGGGCAGGCGGGCGCGGGCUGCGCGGAGCUCCCUCGGCGCCGGGGCUAGCGCGUCCGCCUCUUCAGUCGCCCGUGCCGCCCGCUUGGGGGACGAGGAGCAGGACGCGGCCUCGGCCGGGCCCGGGCCGAACGGCUGCGGACACCCGGGCGCUGGGCAGCCGAGCGCCGCUGCCGCCACCGCCUCCGGGAUGGAUCAGUGCGUGACGGUGGAGCGCGAGCUGGAGAAGGUGCUGCACAAGUUCUCGGGCUACGGGCAGCUGUGCGAGCGCGGCCUGGAGGAGCUUAUCGACUACACGGGCGGCCUCAAGCACGAGAUCCUGCAGAGCCACGGUCAAGACGCUGAAUUAUCAGGGACACUUUCACUUGUUUUGACACAAUGCUGUAAAAGAAUAAAGGACACUGUUCAAAAAUUGGCCUCAGACCACAAAGACAUCCACAGCAGCGUUUCUCGGGUUGGAAAAGCCAUCGAUAAGAAUUUUGAUUCUGACAUUAGCAGUGUGGGAAUAGACGGCUGCUGGCAGGCAGACAGCCAGAGGCUCCUCAAUGAGGUGAUGGUGGAGCACUUCUUUCGACAAGGGAUGCUGGAUGUAGCUGAGGAGCUCUGCCAGGAAUCUGGUCUUUCUGUGGACCCAAGCCAGAAAGAACCAUUUGUGGAGUUAAAUCGAAUAUUAGAAGCAUUAAAAGUCAGAGUUCUGAGACCUGCUCUGGAAUGGGCAGUAUCAAACCGAGAAAUGCUCAUAGCCCAGAACAGCUCCUUGGAGUUUAAGCUACACAGACUGUACUUUAUUAGCUUGUUAAUGGGAGGCACUACAAAUCAGCGAGAGGCAUUACAAUAUGCUAAAAAUUUUCAGCCAUUUGCCCUAAAUCAUCAAAAAGACAUUCAGGUUUUGAUGGGAAGCCUCGUGUACCUGAGACAAGGGAUUGAGAACUCACCGUAUGUUCACCUGCUUGACGCAAACCAGUGGGCUGACAUCUGUGACAUCUUCACACGGGAUGCCUGUGCCCUUCUGGGGCUCUCUGUGGAGUCCCCACUCAGCGUCAGUUUCUCUGCAGGUUGUGUGGCACUGCCAGCUUUAAUUAAUAUCAAAGCUGUGAUUGAACAGAGGCAGUGCACUGGAGUUUGGAACCAGAAAGAUGAACUACCCAUUGAAGUGGACCUUGGUAAAAAGUGCUGGUAUCACUCGAUAUUUGCCUGUCCUAUUCUUCGUCAGCAAACAACAGAUAACAAUCCACCCAUGAAAUUGGUCUGUGGUCAUAUUAUAUCAAGAGAUGCCCUGAAUAAAAUGUUUAAUGGUAGCAAAUUAAAAUGUCCAUAUUGCCCAAUGGAACAAAGUCCAGGAGAUGCCAAACAGAUAUUUUUCUGAAGAAAUAACUCUAGUUUGCAAUUUCUCUCGCCGAGAAGUCAGCAGACCUGCAUCUGUGCUCUGCCUGUAGCCCCAGUGGGCUGCCCGUUAAAAAAUUCCAUCACAAAUUUAUUAGCAGGUCGGCGUGAGAAGGCUUCCACUAGAACAGAGUGGAAGCAGUACCGUUGUUUCUUUGCUUUUCUUGCCAAGAGGUGCUCGUUUUAAAAGUGUGUUCAAUAAAACAAAUUCCGAAGUUAGAAUGUUCUUCAGUGGCUGUUUGCUCUCUUGGUCUUGGUGGCCCCUCUUCUCUGAAAUCUGCCUUCAGGACUUGCUGUCUCCUGCAUUUGUAUAUCACUACAGACACAGUGUUGUGUGUGCGCGUGUGUAUAUGUGCACCAGCAUCAAACAUUGUGUAUCUGGAAGGGAAGAAGCAUGUUCCAGUCCUAAGACGCAGUUUCCAGACUCAUCGCUUUCAGUCCUUGAAGAUAGAAGCUAGCGGAUUUUCUGUAGUGCAGAAUAUGUUUAUUGCCCUUUUUGUAUUUGAAUAAUAUACUGUUCAAUGCCUCUUUUCUGCAAAGUGUAUCAUCUCAUUGACUGUGAAUCUGUAUAUUAUUCUAAUGGAUACAGAUAAUGGUCUUUUCUCUUGUGAGGUACCUUCAUGUAAUGCACUGUCCAAAAACAGCCAUGUGUACGAGUCUUUCUCUGUAUCACGAACUGCAUGGAAAAAGACUCCUGUGGACAUAAUUCUGACUUAAACCCAUGAAGUUACUUCAGUUUGAGAAGCCUGUCUUAUGGAAAUCACCAAAUACUUUACUACUCGAUUUCAUCUGACAUGAAACUGAAUAUCAAAUCCAGGAACCUUCCAUGAGAAAAUGAAGAAAGAAGAGUACACUGAAGCAAAGAGAAAUGGGACACUUGGCAUUUCAAACUGUGGACUGACUUGGUUUGCCGGGCAGGGAGAUAACAGACUUGGUGCUAAGUCAUUUGGAAACCAUCUGCUCUGAUGGACAGGCCUGGAUGGUUUAGCCCGAGAUAUUGACCUGGGAGAGCGGGCGUCUUUUGGUGAAGGAGGGGGGACUGUUUGGUGGCGGUGUGUGAUCAGGCCUCUGCUGAGGUUCCCGUGUGCCAUGGGGCUUAGCUAGGGGGUGAUGGGCCUGGCUCAGAGCGCUCACUCUGCCCCAUCUCUGGCUUGGCUGCCCAGUGACUUCUGCCCCGUGAUUCCCCUUUCCUGGUAGAAUCCUCUCCCCACUAAUUCACUGAAGAAAGAGAGCAGAGAAGCUCCUUGGACUCCAGAAGGAGAAGGUAGAAAAUUCCAGGCAGCGCUCUGGUUGAGGAUAUAAGACCGGUUUAUUAUAUAUUUUUUCCUUUGUAUUAAAACCCAGAGUGUGAUCUUCCCCCCCCACCCACCUUUUUUCUUUUUUUUUUUUUUCAUUAGGCCAGAUUUAGUUUUAAUCACAACUUGUUCUUACCUUUUCACCUCAAACACCUACACAACAUUUAGGCUUUAUGUAAGGUUCGAACAGUAUAGACAUUGCUCUAGACUGGUGGUAAAUGCUUUUGGUGGCCAGACACUUCACAUAGCUGGCUCGGGCCACCUUCAAGGACAGAAGCCUGAGAGAGCUCUGCUCUGUCCCUCUCCCGGUGUUGGGAAUCCUGUUGACGGUUUUCUGUGCAGUUCAUGAAACCUUAGAAAGAACAUACUUUACCUGAAGCAUUUGACUUUACAGCUUCCUUUGCCAGGUCUCUGUGGUCUCACUGGGCAAGGGUAGGGGUAGGGCCACCAAUUUGAAACUCUACUGAUGUGACAGUUUAACAGGCACAUGUUAUCUUGCGACCUUCUUUAAAUGCAUGAACUUCAGAUUCACUGGUGACUGAAUGUGAAGGAGACAGGUGGCUUUGAAGAGGCCAGACCUUAACCAAAGAUGCUGAAAUUCAGCAUGCUGUCCUUUCUACCCUAGAAAUACCUUUGCCGGUGGUGUUAGGACCGCAUCAGUGCUGAGGCUGCAAGUCUGCAGUGUGGAAGGAGGCGUUGUGCCACACUCUGCCCUCUUGCAAAAGCUUGUGAGAGAGCAAAAGAUUUAUACAGUCGUAACUGUAUGUUGAAAACAGAAUUUCAGAGUGGUUCCUUAAAUUUCCAGUUAGGAAACCAUGUCCACUUAUCAGCUGUGGACAAAGGCCAAGGGACUGCGCUUAAACCCAUGAAACCGUAUCAGAUCCUUAGAUUCUGACUUUAAGAGCAUCUGUGCUUCCCAGUACAGUCUGAAGCACGGUGGCUAAGAUUGUCUUUCAGUCUUUCUUCUCCUUUCUGUGAUUGUCACAGAUGAUGCCAUUUCUGUUGUUUUAGUGGUGAUUAUUUGACAUUUCUAAUCCAUAAAUGAACGGGUAUUGGUGCCUCUUAAUUUUUAAAAUUUUGAAGAAAAGAGCCACCUCAUCUUCAUAGGGUGUGUAUUUUGUGAGUGUAUGAGCAUUUAAUUGAAACUAAGAAAGUUAAUGAAGUCAAUCUUUUGAUUUUUUUUUUUUUUUCUGAAGCAGCUGAUGUGUACAGAGACACUAAAACCCACACCACUUUAUGUGGGGAACGAGGAUCCUUUUUUCUCUCCAGGUAGUCCCGCGGGGUGUGCAGUUUAAGUUCAGUGUGUCUUACGCCGUGAGUUAUUUCCGCCUCAGAGGCUUUAGCCUCUGGGACAGUAAAUACUGCAGAAACCAAGAACUCUUGGUUUAUCUGCACGAGACAAGCUGCUGGUAGACGUUAGCCCUCUGGUUUUCCAGCUCAACCUCUGAUGAAGUAGAUUGACCGUCAGGCUGGUCAGUCUGCUUAGUCAGUGACUCAGGUUCUUUUCAGGGAAGGCCUGGAGGCAUGUUUGGUUCAUUUCAUCGCCAGAACGUGUAAGGUGAAAACACAAACCAAAUACCUUUCAUUACUUAACUCUACGUACAUGACCUUCGGUAACACUAGAAGGCUGUGGUCUUGAGGGGAUGUGAGCACACUUGCGUGAUACACGGAAGGGAUGGUGCUUCAUAAGCCUGUCCGGCCGUGGCAGGUUUGGUUUAGCACAGUGGUGUUUACCUUGGGAAAGUACAAGCUUCAUGAACUGUUCUUAUUAAACUAUAAUUGAAUAGAUACCAAAAAUAGAAUGACAGAUGUAUUUUAAUAGCAGAUGAGGCAGAUUAGUUUUAGGGUGAGUUUUUCCCACUGUCGAUUUUACGUCACGACACAGGGAGAGAAACAAGUUCAUUUUCAAAACAUUUUCCUCUGCAGUUUUAAACUGUAGCAAGUGUCUGCUUCAUUGACUUCCAAAGAGGCAGAAGCAGCUGGCAUUGGCUUUGAGCACAUGCUUCGUUUCAUGUUAUGGUUGAUGACCUACACUCUUAUUUUAACAGUCACUUACUAUUCUCCAGCAAGGCAGAUGGGGGGGUUCACUAGGACGUAGUGCCUGAUCUUUGGGGAAGGGGUGGGAGUGAAUGUACUGGGGAUGGGAGGGAAGCAGGAGAAGAAAACGGCAGCGUGAGUGAGUGUGCAUGGGUCUGAAAUUCACCCUUUAACCCCCACCUGUGUCUAGCAAGGAACAGGUCUUUAAUGUAUUUUGCUCAAGACUGCAGUGUGCAUGUAUUUUUUUUCCCCAUCCAUGUUUUCUAAACUUAAAAGAAUUCAUCAAAUCAUCUUGUUCAGAUGGCUCAGGAUUGUAUUUCUUUUGCUUACCCUGUGCUCUUGGGUUCUAUAGUAUUUCUAUAAUUAUGUAACAAUAGUGUUGCACUGUAAUCUAUCAUAUAGAGCUAUAUGUAUGGAAAAUUUUGAUCAGUUUUUUAAGAAAUGUACCCUGUUUGCAAAGGCACAAUAAAAGUUGCAUCUUAUAGACUAUAGGCAAUAAAGCUAACAAUAAACCUUAUUUAACACAAACCAUAUUCACAUUCUCUGUUCAUUUGAUCUUGAGAAAAAUCUAGCAUAUCCAGUAGUUUCAGGGAUUUCAUUUUAACUUAAAAGGUUCUGAUGUAUUUAAUUUAUAAAUUUCAGACUGAUAUAAUAGAGUUUUGGAAAACUAUAAGAAAUGCUUUGUUAAUGUGUGUAUUCCUAUGUAAAACACAUGGCUUCUCCUGUGUAUAUUUUUAAAAAUUAAAGAAAUGCACAUUUGAAAAGUG